AUGUCAGGACGACUUCGUGCGCGCGGAACAGACGCCGUCGAUAAAAACAUUUGGGUUGAAUUCACCCAACUGGCAGCAGACUACAAAGCAGUGAACCUUGGACAGGGAUUUCCUGACUUCUCCCCUCCCAAGUUUGUCCAGGAGGCUUUCUGCAAUGCUCUGAAUGGAGGACCCCUAAUGCACCAGUAUACCCGAGCUUUUGGCCACCCCCCUCUUGUAAAAAGUCUGGCUAAAUUCUUCAGUAGGAUCGUGGGAUAUGAGAUUGAUCCCUUUGAAGACGUCCUGGUCACAGUCGGAGCUUAUCAGGCUCUCUUCUCUGCUUUUCAAGCUGUGGUUGAUGAAGGGGAUGAGGUCAUAAUUAUCGAACCGUUCUUUGACUGCUACCAGCCCAUGGUGAAGAUGGCUGGAGGAAAGGCAGUGUAUGUACCUCUGAGGCCGAAAGCUGAGGGAGGAGCUGUCCUGUCAAGUGGAGACUGGGUUCUGUCUGCUGAGGAGCUGGCCAGUAAAUUCACUCCACGCACCAAAGCCAUCGUCAUCAACACUCCCAACAACCCAUUAGGCAAAGUUUACAAGCGUGAAGAGCUCCAAAUGAUCGCUGAUCUGUGCAUCAAACAUGACGUGCUGUGCAUCAGUGACGAGGUGUACGAGUGGCUGACUUAUGAUGGGGCCGAGCAUGUAAAGAUAGCCAGCCUUCCUGGGAUGUGGGAGCGAACCAUCACCAUUGGCAGCGCUGGAAAGACCUUUAGUGCUACUGGCUGGAAGGUUGGCUGGGCCAUCAGCUCCGGGCCAAUUAUCAAACUUCUGAAAGCCAUGCAUCAGAUGUCUGUGUUUGAUUGUGCAACUGCUGCUCAGGAGGCAGUGGCUCAGGGAUUUGAGAGAGAAUACGAGCUGUUUGGGACUCCGGAGAGCUACUUCCAGCAGCUGCCUGCGAUGCUGCAGCACAAGAGGAAGAGGCUGGCCUCGUGUCUGGAGGGAGUGGGUUUGCAGCCCAUCAUGCCGGAGGGAGGCUAUUUUAUGAUCGCAGACGUCUCCUCUGUCAAGGUGGAUUUCAAUGACCAGAGCUCUGAGGAUGAACCCCAUGAUUUCAGAUUUGUCAAAUGGCUAAUUAAAGAGAAGGGUCUGGCAACAAUUCCCGUCUCUGCGUUCUACAGUCCAGAGCACAGCAAGGAGUUUGACAAAUACAUCCGAUUCUGUUUUGUCAAAGAAGACUCCACCCUGGAUGCAGCAGAAGACAUCUUGAGAAAAUUUCGUGAGCACACAGACAUCCAUGUCUGUCCAGUGAGAUUUCAAGAUGCUGGUUAUACCUCACACUGUGCGAGUCGAAACACUCAGGCUUUGAAGAAAGAAAAAUCUCUGUAA